CCAAAAAAAUACACGCCUUGUCAAAGAAACCUAUGCUCUUCGUUAUCCAAGUAACUACUCGUAUGAUUUAACAAUAAAUUUAAUUUUCUCUGCUUAAUUUCUCAUAAAAUAAAUGCUCUUUCUUAUUUAUAAAUUCAGAUAGGCAGCAUCCAUCACAUACUUUUUUUUAUAAACUGGAAAAAAAUUUGAGACACCGGUUCUUUUUCCAAACGAAUUAUUAACCAACAACCAAGACGAGGAAAUGCUAUUGGAGAAGAUAUUGAGGUGCAAAUACUAGCUUACGUGAAAGCAAAUCCUAGGACUUCUAUUCAUCAUGUUAGUAGAGAAAUAAAUAUUUCAUUUGGAGUUGUUCAAAAAAUUUUGAAAAAACAUAAAAUGCACGCUUAUCGUGCCGAUUUAGUUCAACAUUUACGUGAAGGUGACGCCGAACGUAGAAUUACGUUCAUUGCUUGGUUGGAAACACAGUUAAACGAAAAUCCUUGUGUUUUAAAUAAACAUAAUCAUCACUAUUGGGAUGACCAAAAUCCCCAUUGGACAUUUGAGACCAAUAAUCAAAGUGUGUGGGGAACGAAUGUAUGGUGUGGUUUAAUAAAUGGUAAACUAUUAGGGCCAUACUUCUACGAUGGCACUCUUAAUGGAAGACGUUAUCAUGAUUUCUUACUAAAUGAGCUCCCUAAUAUGUUAGAUGACAUUCCACUAGAUAUAAGAGCAAAUUUAAUAUUCCAACAAGACGGAGCUCCAGCUCAUAAUGCAAAUAUUGUUCGCAAUCAGCUCAAUGAAUAUUUUCCAAAUCGGUGGAUAGGGACUUAUGGAGCAGUUCAGUGGCCACCAAGGUCACCAGAUCUUACACCACUAGAUUACUUCCUAUGGGGUCACUUGAAAACGGUAGUGUAUGCCAAUCCACCUACGUGUCUUCUUGAGUUGAAAAAUAAAAUACUUGCUGCAUGUAAUCAAAUUACAGAGGAACAAAUUAUUUCUGCUAUUAACAGAGAAUUUUUAAUUCGUGUUGAAUGUUGUUUACAGCACCAUGGCGCACAGUUUGAACAAUUUGUUAGAUAA